AUGCCACCAAGAGAGAUCAAGAAGAGACAGACUAGAAGAAAGAAGGACCCUAAUGCUCCAAAGCGGGCUUUGUCAGCGUACAUGUUCUUCGCAAACGAGAACAGGGACAUCGUCAGGUCAGAGAACCCGGAUGUGACGUUCGGGCAGAUCGGUAGACUGCUCGGUGAGAGGUGGAAGGCGCUGGACGGUGAAGGUAGAGAGCCUUACGAGGCGAAAGCCGCCGCGGACAAGAAAAGGUACGAGUCCGAGAAGGAACUGUACCUUGCCACAAAAGCAUAA